CCGGUAAAACGCCAUCCGCCACAGCGAUGAGGGCUGCGUUUGGAACACUCUUGGCCACGACGUGUCUGGUCGCCAUAAACUUUGGUGGCGCUCGAGGCGCCAUGCUGGGCUCGGUACUUGCCUACAAAGUGGAACUGCAAGCCUCGGACCUUGCAGGGUACGUGGUCAACACCACGUACCCCAACAUGACGCUCGUCAGGUGCGCUGCCGUGGCCUCCCGUCAGGAUAAUUCUACGUUUUGUCUGACGGCCUCGCGAGACUGCAUCGUAACAAACGCCUCCAUCCCGCCCUACUACAACAACAGUGACGGCAACGGCUACCACAGCUGCUACACUACCUCCAAGCCGCUCUUCGAUAAAGCUGCCGCGCUGCUGGACUGCGCCAUGAACGGCAACUGUUGUCCCCAACCCUUCCUCAACGUGACGAACGUGGGCUGCGUGUACAGCCCCAGCUUCUGGUGGUUCCCCGUCCUGUCCCACAGCUUCGCCCGUAAAAUGUGCCAGAGCAUGUGGCCCACUGGGGACCUCUACAUCAAGCCCACCAACUACCCCGCCCUCGUAUCCUACCUACAGUCCAAGGGCCAGAAGAACGUUAGGGUGGGCGCAACCCGCGUGGGAGACUCUGACCAAUUCCAGUGGAGCGACGGCACCCCUGUGGCAGCGUCCGAGUUCGGAGUCUGGGGUGGAAUCGUCCGGCAACCCGACGGCAAUGGUUCGCCGGGGGGCCUUGGCAGGGCUGACUGUGCGGUCGUGAUGACGGACCAACCAGUGAAUGGACUCGACGACGGCUACUGCUUCANCUGCUUAAUGGAGCCAUUCCUGCCUGCCUAUUGCAUUUGCAUCCAAAAACUUGAUCAAAAGCCUGCCCUUAUUCGUGUGGCAAAAAAUGACUUCUAG